AUGAAACUCAGCAUCAUCCCUCAAGAGCCAACUCUUUUCAAGGGUAGCGUGCAGACUAACUUGGAUCCUCUAGGUCUUUACUCUGAUGAUGAUAUAUGGAAGGCUCUUGAGAAGUGUCAGCUUAAGGCAACAAUCAGCAGCCUACCUAGUCUGCUUGACUCUUCAGUGAGUGAUGAAGGUGAAAAUUGGAGUGCUGGGCAACGCAAACUCUUCUGCCUCGGCAGAGUCCUCCUUAAAAGGAAUAAAAUUCUAGUUCUUGAUGAAGCUACUGCUUCCAUUGAUUCUGCAACAGAUGCCAUUCUACAAAGAAUUAUCUGGCAGGAAUUCUCAAAAUGCACGGUGAUAACAGUAGCACAUAGAGUUCCUACUGUUAUUGAUAGUGAUAUGGUCAUGGUCCUCUCUUAUGAUAAAUAUGUACACAAACAAGAUUCUUGA